GUAUGAAGCCUCAACGAUGGAAAAAGGGACAUAAUGCGUCUCAUAAUCGGGAAAAACACACAUUUUGUUGUUUGUAUUGUAAGGAAAAAUAGGUAACCUCGUCAAACCACCACAGCACCUCUUUAAAGUUCUGAAAGUGGAAAGUUUUGGUUAUAAACACUAAACAUGAAGAAGAAAGUAAAUCAACCCCUACAAUCCAAAGUGAAGGAUGUCAGUAGCACAGAAACACUAAAGACAUCCAAUCCAGCAGAGUUUGAUGCAAGGAGCGAUGCUGACCUGGCCAUUAAAGAUUCUUCUCAAGACAAGAGACAUCUCAGAAUAUCACAAAGUGACAGCUGCUUCUUGAAGUUCUUGAAUGAAGACCGGCAGAAAGUGCCAUCAUUUUGUGACAUUACGGUCACGGUCUGUGGGAAGAUGUAUCAUGCCCACAAGGUGGUUUUGGCAUUUGGCAGUAACUUUUUUUAUUCCAGAUUCAGCGAAAAUCCUGAAUCACACCAUGUGACCAUUGAUAACAUAGAAAGCUCCACAUUUGGACACUUGCUCAACUUUUUAUACUCUUCUGAAUUUGACGUUUUGGAAAACCAGAUCCCUGGUUUGGCUGAGGCGGCCUGUUUUCUGGAUAUGAUGGAAGCUGUAAAUCUUUUAGCAAAGUGGGUGACACCGGCUCAAGCUGAUGAAGAAAGUGAUGUCCACCAUAUUCCUCAGAACAUUGACACUGAUGUCCAGUACGUUCAAACUUCAGUAGGAGUCCAGUGCUCAUUUUGCAGUCGUACUUUCUGCUACAAAAAGUCUCUGGAGAAUCACUUGGCCAAGACACACAGUUCUGGUUGCCACAUUGAGGAAGAUCAAAAUAUGGCGAGCACAUCUGCUGUCACUACCCGAAGAUCUGCCCGUCAAAGGAGGACUCCAGCUAAAUUUGAGAACCAGGAAAGUGAAAAUGGCCACAUCUUGUCUGAAACACCCAGUCAGAAGACUCCAAAGGAUGUCACAAAUUAUUUUGAAGAUGAAGAAGAUGAUGACGAAAGUGAGGAACGGGAACAGAAUGAGCAUGGAGAAGAAAGUAGUAAGGAAGGACGAGAAGAAACAUCAGCCACUUUUGAGGUUGAAGAGGCUGAGAAACAAGAUGAGGAACAUGUGUCUGAAUGCACUAAGGUUGUAGACCAAGUUGAGGCCCAGAAGGAGAUAGAACCGAGAUCCAGCACUCAUGUUGAGGAGCACAGUCAAGCGACAGAGGGCACCAGUCAUGUCUUUCCAGAGGGGCUCGCUCCUGUCGUGAUCCAGAGCACCAACAAAAAGACUCUUAAAUGUCCCAAGUGUGACAAGAUCUUUGAUCGCAUAGGUAAAUAUCAAAGUCACACCAGAGUACACACCGGAGAAAAACCUUUCCAGUGUGACAUCUGUCUUCAGUGCUACUCCACCAAAUCAAACCUCACUGUCCAUAAAAAGAAACAUGAGAGUGACACGCCCAUCCAGAAGAAAGAGCACAAAUGUCCCUUCUGUAACAAGCUUCAUGCCAGCAAGAAGACUCUCGGCAGACAUGUGAAGAGAUUUCAUCCUGACCAUCUCCAAGAGUUUCUCGCUCAGAAGAAGAAGAAGAUUGAAGGUUGGAAGUGUGAUAUCUGCCACAAGUCUUUCACUCGGCGCCCCCAUCUGGAGGAACACAUGAUCUUACAUUCACAGGACAAGCCCUUCAAGUGCGCCUACUGUGACGAACACUUCAAAUCACGAUUUGCCCGCUUGAAACACCAAGAAAAGUUCCAUUUGGGACCCUUCCCUUGUGACAUUUGUGGUCGUCAGUUUAAUGACACAGGCAACCGUAAACGGCACAUUGAGUGUACACAUGGGGGGAAGAGGAAAUGGACGUGCUUUCUGUGUGGAAAAUCAGUUCGAGAAAGGACAACCCUUAGGGAACAUCUGAGGAUCCAUAGUGGAGAAAAGCCUUACUUGUGCAGCAUCUGUGGACAAAGCUUCCGUCAUGGCAGCUCUUACAGGCUCCAUCUUCGUGUUCACCAUGACGACAAGCGCUAUGAAUGUGAGGAAUGUGGCAAAACUUUCAUUCGCCAUGACCAUCUAAAGAAACACAAAAAAAUUCACACAGGGGAGAGAGCACAUCAGUGUGAAGAGUGUGGAAAAUGCUUCAGACGUGCCGAUCACCUGACUGUCCAUUAUAAAAGUAUUCACCUGGGAGAAAAGAUCUGGCGAAGGUACAAAGCAAUAGUGCAUCAGUGUCAAGUGUGCAAGAAAGAGUUCAGGGGGAAGACCAACCUCAUGUUGCAUUUCAGAACGCAUUCAGGUGAGAAACCCCACCGGUGUUUGAUCUGUAACCAGACCUUCUGCAUCAAGAAGACUUUGACCAAACACAUGGUCAUCCACUCAGACGUUCGUCCUUUCAACUGCCCGCACUGUAGUGCUACCUUCAAGCGCAAAGACAAGCUCAAGUAUCAUGUUGACCACGUGCACAGUGCCCGGAUGCUAGACCAGCAGCAGCAAAAUCUUCCUCCAGACCCUGAAAACAAGUUACCUGAGCCCCUGCCUUCAAACGAAACUCCAAAACCGUACCACAACACACCUAAAACUGUGCUGCAAAGUGUAUCGGCUGAUGUUUGUGUUCCUGUAACACUUGUUCCUGUUCAGAUGAGUGAAGAACCCGACCUCGCAGUGCAUGGGGCGUCACAUGGUGUUCUUCCAGCUGUGGGUCAACAACAGCAGACAGGUGGCUAUCAGUCAACCAGUGACCUGGUGUUUUUAGAGAAGUACACUCUUACACCUCAGCCAACUAACAUAGUGCACCCAGUGCGGCCAGACCAGAUGCUGGACCCACGAGAGCAGUCUUACUUAGGAACACUACUGGGGCUGGAGUCUGCUACAUCUGUGCAAAAUAUGACUAAUGAUCAACAGACGCAUUAAUACACACAAUGUCUGCGUAUUUUAUUAAUUUACUAAACAUACUUUUUAAUUUUUUAUGUUCUUCAAAUGUAACACUUCAAAACAUGAUUUUCCUUUGGUCUUCAGUCUCCUCGUGCUGUUCUUAAAGAAAUAGUUCAUCCAAAAAUGAAAACACAAGGAAAGUUUAUAGUGACUACGGCUUUCGAGCUCCAAAAAGGACAAAAACAUGGGGAAAAAAAAAACAUCAUAAAUGUAGUCCUUAUGACUUGAUCGCUGUAUGUCAAGUCUUUUAAAGCCAUACAAUAGCUUUGUGUGAGAAACAGACCGAACUGUAAGUCGUCAUUGACAGAAAAUCUUCUCCUUCACAGAUGCUGUGAAAUUUCAUUUACGUUCAUGUUCAGAUUAAAAAAUGACGCAUUACGCCAGGUUUGACACUGAUGGAGAAAUCAUUUCAAAUAUGGCAUUGAAUAAAAAAUAAAAGCAUACAAGUUUGGAACAAUAUGGUUAUUUGGAACAACAUGAGAAAAUGGUGACAAUUUUCAUUUUCGGGUGAACUGUUUAUUUAAAAUCUAAAAUAAACUCUGCUGAAGUAAUUAUCAAAAUAAUGAUGCUAUCAUCAACAAUGAACUUUUACAAUGAACUUUGGUUGUAAAUGUUAACGGAAACUGUGUGCAAAUGAUAAAAAUUACUCUUUAUAAACA